ACAGCUGCGAGAAGAAGAGCGAUUAAAGGGAUUUAAAAAAUCAAUCAUAAUAAUAAUAAAAACCCAUCGAUCUCGGAUUAGAAAAAUAAUUUUAACAUGCCAAGCAAGAAGAAGAAAUACAACGCCAGAUUUCCUCCGGCAAGGAUUAAGAAGAUCAUGCAGACAGAUGAAGAAAUAGGCAAAGUAGCUGCUGCAGUUCCUGUCAUAAUCUCGCGGGCACUGGAACUCUUCCUGGAGUCUCUUCUGACGAAAGCGUGCCACGUUACCCAGUCCCGCAACGCCAAAACCAUGACGACGUCACAUUUGAAACAGUGCAUCGAACUGGAGCAGCAGUUUGACUUCCUGAAGGAUCUGGUGGCCGCCGUCCCGGACAUGCAGGGAGAGGGGGACGAGAAUCACGCCGAGGGGGCGGAGAGGAUCCCACGCAGAGGCCGGAAGCCUGGCUCAGGACGCAAGAACGGAGGAGCAGGAGCCAAAGGCAAAGACAAGAAGCUGUCGGGCACAGAGUCCGAGCAAGAGGAUGACUCUGAAGACAGCGAGACGGACGGAGACGAGGAGGAGAUCUCUCAGCCCAACACACACCAUCAGGCAGCUUCCCAUUUUCACAGCCCCGACAUGCCUCCUCCGUACAUGGCCAUGCCCAUGAGUGCCCCUCAGACGGCUCUCGCCAUGCCCAUCGGUUCCUUCGGCUCCCAGGCUUCAGUCAUGGGGAUGAUCGCGCCUCCUCCCGCCACGGCGCCGCAUAAAGAAGAACACGACGACGACGAAGACUACGACUCUUAGCUCCUUGUCCCCGUUUUACAUUCGUUUUUUCUUAAGUUGUUCUUGUUUGGCUGCAGAAUGCAAACCGAUGGAAACUGAACAGAACUUUUCAAACACUUCACGUCCAGACACCGGUGAAGGGGGCGUUAGCAAGCCUGCAGCCACAGCGCAAGAAGAGGAAUGGGUUGUAUAUUAGCUAUGUGUUUUAAUUUCCUUUUUUUAAGAAUUCUUAUUUUACUGCCCGGAUUAAAAAAAAAAAAAAAAAGAAAGAACAGGACACUUGGUUUAGGCUAUUUUUUAAAAAAAAAACUAAACAAAACAGGAAAACAAACAUUGUUGCAUUCUUGGCUCGCAGCCUCUUUUGGGGAAAAUGGCCGUAAGAUGAUUUAUUUAUUAUUUUUUUAAUUAAAAACACAGCGUAGGUAUUCCCUGUAGUCUUUUGCACUUUUUUUUUCUUCUUUUUUUUGUUUCUUUGUCAUCUUAGGCUGGCGUUCUUCUUUUUCUACGGUCCGCCAUUUUGCGACUUUAAGGAAGUAGCACAAACCCUUUCCAUCGUUUGGUAGUCCAGGUGGAUUUGUGAUAUUAGAAGCUCCUCAGAUUGAUCAUGGGGAAAUAUCUUUCCGUGACAGAAAGAUGAAGGACGUACGCGCUAUUAGGAAACGUGACGUGUGUGUGUGUGUGUGUGUGUGUGUGUGUGUGUGUGUUUGAGUACUGUCGAAGGCGGAAUGAGUCAGGAAGUUGCCUGCACGUUAACUCUGGGCCAGUGACCUUGCGGUAGAGCUGUUUUUGUUUGUUUGUUUUUUUUCCCCAUAAAUACAACUCCUACCAAGCAAAAUUUUUUUCAUUUAAUCCGUAGAUCUCGAAAAUUUUAAUAUACACAAGACACAUCUUUUUUUUUUUUUCUUCUUCUUCUUCUUCUUUCCCCUUGUCUGUUCUGUUUAGCUACUCUCAAAGCUAUCUAAAGAGGUUGUUCUAUUUAAAAACUGAACUUGCACAAACAGACAUGAACCAUGAGCCUCGUCCCCUUUACUAACCGACUGUCCAACCAGAUGCACAUUUAUAUCUCAGCGCUGUAAAUCUUGAUCUUGUAUCUUUUUAAAUAAUUUUAAUGUCCUUUGCGAGGCCUUAGACGAGCCGGAACGUUCUCUCAAUCCCUCCUACUUGGUUUGUUUGUUUGUUUGUUUUUUUGUGGCUGUCUCUCUUUCUUCAGGUGUGUAAAGUUUGGCUGCUCAGAGGCUGUAUGUGAAACUUUUAACAUUCUUAUUAUUUUGUAUGAGUGAAAUAAAGUGCAAAUUUCGGUAUAA